AUGUCCUCGCCCAAAGAGUUCUUCAGGAAGAUUUACGGAGACCUGGAGGAAGAGGCGAGAGGAGCGAAGUCCCUCGGGACUCUGGCGGUACCCGUACCGGUACUGGCUUCGCAAUGGUCGUCGUUUUUACGGGAACCCCGCCAUGCGACUCCGAUCGGCAAGCAGUUCUCCAUAUCUCUAGACAGACGGAAAAGGCGCGAAUCAAGACCCAGACGGCAACGCACCACAUUCACCAACGAGCAGACCCUCCGAUUGGAGACGGAGUAUCAUGCCACGGAGUACAUCAGCAGGGAGAGGAGGUGUGCGCUUGCGUUGGAUCUAGGACUGACGGAAACUCAGAUCAAGGUGUGGUUUCAGAAUCGCAGGGCCAAAGACAAGAGGAUCGAGAAGGCGAACCAUUACAGGGAGUUGAUCGAUUCCGUCAAGGCGGACAUUUUGACGUGCGCCGCGCGCAAAGCCCACGCCUACUCGAUGCUGUACUCUGAGAUGUUUGCGAAUCGCCGGAAGUGGUGGUAG